GUUUUUAAAUAUCAUUUCACUGUUUAUAAAUCGCAUGUGUUUACAUAUGUUUUAAUUAUUUUACUUCCUAUGGAUUAAUGAUAUCGUGUUUAAAUCAAGAUUUGUCUGUAAUUAUGACUGGACUAUUCAUAGACAUUACCGCCGUACGGAAUGUCCCAGAGAGGAAUUAUCAUAUAAAUAAUUACAUUAUAUUCCCAUUAUUCUGCAGAUUGGUGAAACAAUAUAGCUAAGCAGGAUUUUAUGGAUUCGCCUCAAGACGAGAGUCGGACCGAGAUGCUUGCUGUUGGCAUUGGUGAUGACGAAUCCUCUCAACAGAAUGACAGCAGCCAUGGCCAGAGCAACUCGCGAUCAACUUGUCGACGCUGGUUUUUUACAAUUUUGAUCGCAACAAUUACACUUGCUGUAGCUUUCGGUAUCGGCUAUUUCAGCAAGCCUCUAAUAAGUACCGAAGAAUCUCAUCCGAACAUAUCUAAAGAACACGGUGUACAAUUUCUCCGACAACGAAAUAGCCCUGAUCUUCUUGUGAACCCUAAGCAACCAUGUAAUGAUACCCAUUACUGCGAGAAAUGUACAGCGACUGUAAUUUCUUCUAAACAUCGGCAUGAACAUGAAGGACAAGGACAAGUAUGCCGUAAAAAUCCUCUCAUCGAAAAGCCCGAUUGUUUCCGAUGCAAUGACAGUUGUAUUUCAACGGUUAACCUGACAAACCUCCUGGGGCAACACAUUAUAUGUAACACCACCGUAGAGGAAAUUGUAUGCUGUGACCUGAUUCAAAUGGCACCUGAUAAAUGCGGAAAUAACGGUAAAAUCAUUUGCAAUAACGUCUCAAACCCACCAUUUUGCAACUGCAACUACAACUGGACAGGACUGACGUGUGACCAAAUAGAUUUCCAAGAGGUUAUGUGCAAUUGUUUCACUCUUGGGAAGGCCAUUGCCUAUGCGGACAGUAUGAAGUCUUGCAACGAUGCUGGGCGACCUGCAAACUGGACUGAGUGCAUUUUAGACGGCGAACGAGAAAAUACGCCAAUGAACUGUAUAUGCGCUCCUUUAAAUACAACAGAUAUAAGAUUUCAUCUUGAUGAAAAGAAAGAUCUACAGAAUUGCAGUUUUUCACAGUCUUAAAAAGGAUAUAUAGUGUAAUAAAACAUUCCUGAUGAUGUGAAACAGCGAAAUAAUUCUCAUUUAAUUUGUGAUAUUAAAUCGGAGACUAAAUGAUUACAGAUAAUCAGGAUACUGCUGCUUGUUUCAUUUUUUUCUGGAUAAAAAAGAUCUUUGCCCAUUAUAUGUUUAAAUAAUUAGCUAUUAUUGGCUGAACAGAUUGUUGUAUGAUAUUUUGUUCUACUACGUGAACAUUAUCAGGUUAUUAGGCAAUGGUUGAAAACAGUAUUUUUAGAAAUACGAAAAAGUUAUAUGACAUGAAGUUAAUUCUUAAUUAUUAAACGGGUAGAUGAUACAAUUGCAAGAAAAAGAAAUUGUCAAAAAACUUUAAUACAAUUGACAUCGUUGUGUACACCGCAUCGAUUUUAUUUUCUGAUGUAUCACAUCGCUUAUAACACAUCUAUCUUUCGCAAUUUUCGAGCAUUUUUCCAAUUUGAAAAUUCAUUAUGGUUUUCUACCACGUAAAUCCCAAUAAGUUUAAAAAUGGCGUCGGUAUAUGUAUCUUUACUCAUAAACAGAUAUGAUUUAAACCGGGAAACCAAAAUGGGCUAUUUUACACGGAGAAACACAGAUGCGACAGCAACAUGAUUGUUUCGUUCAUUAUUUAAUAAUGUGAUGUAUUAUCGGCCUCCUACAUUAGCUCGCAUUGACAAUACUGGGCUUGUUUUGAGGCUGUUCUUUGCUGGUUUUUAAACCAGCUGCUGUCUAUCACCUUUAAGAACAGGAGGAGUGGUUGCAGCGAACGAGCCCUUUUAAAUUAUUAAGAUAUUAAUUCAGGUGAUCUAACUGACUUAGAAUACAACCUCAUUGGCUGACACAUUGUAAAUGCUUAUUCAUAAAGAUUUUACAUCCUGUCAUCUAACUAUUUACUUAUAUUCGAAAAUAAGUUUCACCAUAAAAAAGCCACCUGCUACAUUUUUUAUAACUAGAAAUAGUGCUAGUUAACAUUAAUGUGUUUAUACGGGCAGCAUGGAUGAUUUUGUGAUUUUUGGUUAAGUUAUGUUAUAUUACUAAAAUUGUUGUAUGCAUUUUUUUUGUGGACCAAUGAAUUUAAUAUUACAUGUAUUCGAAUUCCCGCCUAUUUAUACUCCAUUGAACUCUUAGUCCUUAUCAUUUUUGAUAGCUGCCUUCUCAAAGAUUGACAGGUCUCAAAUCUCAAUCGUUUGGGAAAUUGCCGAAAUUUCCAUUUUUAAAGCGUUAGUAAAGCUUUAAGCCAUAACACAUCAAUUCUAGUAUCACUGAUUUCAAGACAUUAAUACGCAAAAUUGGGUCUUUCAAAGACAAAAAACCUGUCAAACGGUCAACCUGUGAGAGUGCAGCUUUAACUCAAGAACGAAGUGACUUGAGUACUUAAAUUAUCUAUAUAGAUAAGUAACUGUAGUUGACAAUCAUUUGUAGUUAUUGGAACCUACGUUUCGCCUGUCCAGUUGUUGUUGUAUUUCUUCGGAAAGAAAGUCACAUCCAUAUAUUAAACAUAUACAUAAAGCUUA